AUGAAGGACUUUGUGUGCGUGACUUAUGUACGAUUUGAUGUUCACACUGAGGUCUGUAGCCUAGUCAGAAACAGUGCGACCAUGAGGGAAGUUACCUGCAGUAGUGCAAGUGUUUCCUGGUGCAAAAACUGGGAGCUUAGAACUACAGGUCACAUAAACCGGUCUCAUUCUCGUAUUCACCGAGGGCACUCUUCCCUUAGGACAUCACACAUCGUCUCUAUGAACUGGAAACAGGUCCAGGUGUUGCCGCCCCUUCUGGUGUCUAUCACAGCGACUUCACCUAUUCCAGUGUCCCUGGUGUCCUCCAGUACGAAGGCAUGUCUGCCAGACUGUGACAGCAACUUUAAAGCCUCACCUUUGACUAGUCGUGAGGUGAAAUUCAGUAGUAGCCGUAUGCCGUUUCGUACAUGA